AAUGGUUUCACCCUCAUGUGUCAUAUGACUAGCAGAAUUUUCGCGGUGAAAGGUUAUGUGUAGAAGUUUGGAUGUUUACUGUCAUAUUUGGUACUGUAGGGCCGACUAGAUACAGAAGAUGAAAGCUAUUGUCCUUAGUAAAGCUGUUGUCCCAGGAAAAAUGUAAGAAUUGAGGAAAUUGAUGAUAGUGACGUCACAUCCUAUAUUUAGAGCCAAGAUGGCGGCCACUCACAAGCUGGAUUUCCUAAUCUCGAAACAACUCCCAUAAGUUAUCCGCCAAUCUAUCAACUGUAGGUCGGUCUAGAAGCUACCAUCGUCAACUUGAAGUAGUAAGUGAGUGGCAGAAGAUAAUGCUAUGGCGUUUGGGAGUGGUUUUGAGAGACAAAACUCCACCACCUUUACAGGGCUGAGUGCUGCAUUGGACGGGAUAGAGAUCAAAGUUGGAGAGAGCUUCAAGCCACCCAGGAGGGUAACACUGCCUAUCAACUAUCUACACAAGAACCCAUCAGAGGCCCUUUCACUUGAUUAUGAUUUCCGACACGAGAACAGUGUGCUGGAAAUGGCAAAGAAACGUAAGGAGUACCAGCAAGCCAUGGAAGCUCAGCGCAGGGCUGAAAAUGAGGCUUCUUCGUCGCCAUCGCCAACAAACGGGGUCACAGACGCAGACGCCAGUCCCCCUGCGGAGCAGGUUUCCUUACCCAGACCCCCCACAAAUCCUGCGCUGGCGAGUUUCGACCCCUUAAGCAUCCUUCAACCCCAGCCUGCUGCGCCAAACACACAGGACAGCCGGGAGUGUAAGCCAAAGGCACCGGCGAGCUUCAAGAUCACAGACUUCGAGGGGGAGUCGAGUCCGUUCGACGACAUGGAACUCAAGACGAUAAACGUCAUGGAGGAGUUGAAGACCGUGUUGGACUCAAACGUCUGCUCCGACGGCGAGGAACGCCAGGACUCGAACGGAGCGGAACGCUCUGCCGAGAAGGAGAGCGUGGAGGUCACGGUCGCGAGGAAACACGGCAGCAGGGUCGCGUUCAAAGCAAGAUCGGAGACAGGCACGAAGGCGGACAGUAACGGUAUUCCCAACGGGGUUAUACCGAGCGCUGCCGCCACUUCCAAAAUGGUGGCGGCCAACAACCCUUUCUUGAAAAACAGCCCUCUGCCGCCCAUACCGCACACGACUUCCCCCGAGCUGGACGCCAGCCAUCCCCACGGCCUGCCCUACCCCACACACUCCGACACAGGAGCAGGACUAUUUUCAGAUUUCCCUAACCCAGGGAGUAGACCGGUGGAUGUCGCCGGCUACAUGAGACACGAUCUGCACGACGGUGCGUCUAACGGCCCCCUCCCCGCGGGCUCCAGCUCCCUCCCCAGCGCGGUAUCCAACCCUCUGUACGAACAGGUGCUCCCGCUCAGUCCACCCUCCAGUGCCUCCGCCAGUCCUGGCCUGGAGGACGAAAGGACAUCAUCGGACUCGACCGUUCGUAGCGGUCAGAACUCGCCCAGGGGACCGCCGCUUCCGCCUCUGCCCCCGCGAACCACUUCGUCUCCAAAUCAGGUCCUCCCCUCUGGUACCACUCAGGUUCUAGACUCUGGAGUUGAGGUGGACAGUUUUGGUUUGCCCCUUAACCCGUUCCCACCCCUGCCCCCCACCCCCUCUGCGAGCGCUGCAGACGUACGAGAGCCCGAGUGCUUGAGAAGUCUGGAUGCAUCAGGAAAACGGUUUGUGACCAGUAUCACUGGGAUGGGCUUUCCUGUGGAGAGAGUGGCCAGGGCUGUGCAGAAUGUCGGACAAGACGAGAAAAAGGUGAUAGACAGACUGUGUUUGCUGGACAGACUGUGCCAGCGCGGCUUCCCCGAGUCCAGAGUAGAAGAAGCUUUAGAUUUCCACAGCGGCAGUGAGGCAGAGGUCGGCAGCUACCUGUCCCUGCUGCUGAAGUUUGAGGAGAUGGGGUUCCCUCAGGACAAGAUCAAGGAGGCUCUCAUCGUUUGCAGUAACGACGAACACAAGGCUCUGGACAUGCUCAUGUCAUGAGCUUUAGUUUACCAUAAACCUACAGGCAGUUCAACACACGGCUCUGGACAUGGUCAUGUCAUGAGCUUUAGUUUACCAUAAACCUACAGGCAGUUCAACACACGGCUCUGGACAUGGUCAUGUCAUGAGCUUUAGUUUACCAUAAACCUACAGGCAGUUCAACACACGGCUCUGGACAUGGUCAUGUCAUGAGCUUUAGUUUACCAUAAACCUACAGGCAGUUCAAUACAAGCUUCUGGACAUGGUCAUGUCAUGAGCUUUAGUUUACCAUAAACCUACAGGCAGUUCGAUACAAGGCUCUGGACAUGGUCAUGACAUGAGCUUUAGUUUACCAUAAACCUACAGGCAGUUCAGUACAAGGCUCUGGACAUGGUCAUGACAUGAGCUUUAGUUUACCAUAAACUUACAGGCAGUUCAGUACAAGGCUCUGGACAUGGUCAUGGCAUGAGCUUUAGUUUACCAUAAACCUACAGGCAGUUCAGUACAAGGUUCUGGACAUGGUCAUGUCAUGAGCUUUACUUACAGUACCAUUAAAAGCAGUGCAACACAAGGCCCUGAACGUGCUCAUGACAUGAGCGCUGACUACUGUACCAUAAAAUCAUAGGCAGUUCAACAGAAGCCCUGAACAAAUUGUGUAUAACUUGCUCAUGAAAGACCAUCUUGUUUUCUAACUUGCUCUGCCUACAUUAAUUUUGUAUAUCUGCAGCCUUUCCCUUUUCCUCAUCUCUAAUAGAAGAAGUAUAAUUCAAAAGCACAAAGUCUUUUAGAAUAGAAAUUUGGCAACAUAAUCUUUGAAUACCUGGUAACAAAUUGUCUACAUAGCAGAAAUGCAAGGUUGUUGGAAUAUACAUCUAUUGUCAAAAACUCCACUGGAGAGUCCUUGGUUGAAUUUUUUCUUGACACUUGUCAAAAUAUAAUGACUGUUAGAAAUGAAGGAUUAUCAGUGAGAGUUCUACACAAGCAGUAAAAUCUCGCCUGCUGACUUUUCCAUGCUUAUCAGACUUCAGAGCUUCUGACGGGAGUGCUGCUUCUUGUUGCUAUAUACAUAUACAUGACUAGCAGAUGUAGGUGCCGCUUUUGAGGGAGAACACAAUCAAAAAUGUGGCUAAGUUUGCCCCCCCCCCCCCCCCCCUGUCCCAGUUAUCAGUGGAUUUGACUUUCUUAUUCAGAUAAAAGUAAGCAAGAAUGAAACGUAAGCAGGUGAGAGACACAAUACUAAUUGAAAAGAAAACUCCAAUGUCCUAAGUUCUACCAACCUGAUGACAUUCAUUUUUUAAGAUAAAAAGAAUUAUGUUGGGACUUGUUCUUACGAAAAGCUUUGGGUGGUGGAAUAUCUAAAUUGUUGCUUUGUUGAGUAAGUAGUAAGUGUGUAGAGGUAGUUUGUCAAAGAAAUUCCUUAGCAUAGACUGUUCUUGGUGGUGGGCUUCGAUGAAUUUUUUUUUUAGAUAAGUCUGUUUCAUUUUUGACAAGUCUUUUUUUAUUUUUGACAGUGGGGGAGCCAGAUUUUAAUAACACUGUCCUAUUUGUGGCCAAAAAGCCAUUACUGAAUAUGGGCUUUUUGCUAAUGUGAAUGUUAAAAAUGCAUGUACCUACAUACAUGUACAUGUAUAGAUGUAAAAAAUAUGUAAAGACCAAAUAACAUACUUGUGCACAAUUUAUAAUUCAUGGAAGUCUUUGUUCAUUUUGUAGCACACAUGAUUGUCAUCAUAUGUAGUAGAAUGAAUUUCACACUAAAUACAUACAGAAAUACUGUAGUACUGUAAAUUUACUUUCGCGGUGGUUUUAAUUCACAGAAAAUUUUAAGAGGAAGGGCGGUUUCCGCAUUUUGGAUUUGCAGUUGAAACAUUUCUGUCAUACAGUAGCAAUAGCCUCCGUCACAGACUUCUAGUAACUCUUGCUUUUAUUUGGGGGAGCGCUUAUUUGCAAUUUUCGACAUGGGCUUUCUCGGCUUGAUGUUGGGAAGCUUUCAGAGAGGUUAUAAUUAUUAACAUGUUCACGCAAGGGUAAUUCACACUUACACUAGGAGCAAUUUACUGAAAAAAAUAACGCUGCUAGAAUUCUGUGGAGGAGGCUAUAGUUGUAAUACAUUGCAAAUGCAUUAUGCAUGGUGUCAUAAAUUUAGCAGUGGGGAGGUCACUGUGAAAAUAAAACCACCGCGAACGUUUCAAGAUUUACAGUACAUACAACAACAAGUGAUAUUUUCCACACUGCUGUUAACAUGGCCAGGGUAGGUCCUGUAAACCAUUGAUGCUGCUUGAGAGAGAUCGUGGGGAGUUUUGUAAAUUUUCUUACCACUAAGUGAAACCCCUGUACAGACCCGUGGUAUGUAUAUUAAUGGUACAUAAUGUAUUUGUGUAAUUUCAUUAAAGGCCAGGUCAGGUCUAACGUUGCUAACGGUUGGAAGGGUUUUUGUGCAGAAACUGUUUUGUAAUAUGUGGACUGGGAAGAAUCAUAGGAAUGUACAUGCAUUUUGUAAGAUCAUGAAAAAAUUAACCUAUGCUAGAAGCCAACAAUAUAAAUCACAAUUUGGGAAAAAUAGUUGACCUCAAAGACAUAUUGCAUUAUCAUUACCCCCUCCCACAAUCUGACUUGGUACAUCCCAAAACGUAUUACAUGUACUUUUGAAUAGCUGCAUUCAAAUUGUAAAUGGUUUUGAUACAAAGCUAGCAUCCUUGCUUAAAAGAUAUCAUAAAGUCUGAAAAAAAAGUAUUGUUUUAGCACAAAUUUUGCCCUAUUUUUCAAAUCAGCCUCAUUCCGUCAGUUUAGCACUUGAAUAGGUUGUAACCAUCUAAUAUACACAUGGGAUUUUUCAUCAAGCCCCUUAAAAAUGUGUCCAUAUAUUCAGUACCCUAGUAUCUACAUUGUGCAUAAAGGACAUGGUUACAAUGUAGGUCUUGUUGGCAUUGCAGAGUGCACAAUUAAGAAAAGUGUAGUGCUAUACAAAUGUAUAUUGUAAUGAAAGUUGUACUGAGAGGCCUUUACUUUACAACUACUCAGUGGAAACAUACGUGUACCCUUUAACAGUUUUCACACCCUAAUUUCUACUACAUCACUAUCUGCAUUGUUAAGUAUUAAGUUCACAAAAAGCAAAGAGAAGGAUUGCACAGAUGAGCAUAUAGUACUAAAUAUUAAUUUGUUUCAGGAAUCAGAUGUCUAACUAUUGGGCAGUACAAUGUACUCUGAGUAUAUGCUAUAUGAUAUGUGCAUAUGAAGACAAUAAAGAAAUAAUUUUUAUUUC